GUAGUUUUGAGGUGCUCUAUCAGGAGCGGCUAACCAGGUGUACUAACCAGAUAGCUACAUACGAGUCUUAUUACAGGCACGAUGAAUAUUUGCGUCUGACUCUCAUCUGCGCAAGACUGAUUGGCGAAUAUACACAUAAGCUUAUGAUUGUGAAUCAUGAACUACCAAGUGCUAAAAUAUACGAUACGUGAGUAUGCUUAAGUCCGUGGACUUGUCUAAAGCUCUCAAAAGGCUGCAAUAUGUCUCUACAUAGACUCUAUACAUUCUGCGCAAUAACUCGACUUAAACCUUCAAUAUGAAGGCAGUGUCGGAUAUAAACAUCCUUGUUACAGGAGGCUCUGGGUUUCUCGGGUCCUCCUGCAUCAUAGCUUUUCUCACGGCCGACUACCAAGUUCGAGGAAGCAAUCUAUCUCUCUCCAAAAAGUCAACAACCAAGGAAGCUCUGAAAAAUGGCGGCGUGACAGAUUUCUGGUUCAAGCGCCUGUCCUUCGUCGGGGUCGAUCUGGACCAUGACAAAUGCUGGGACAAAGCUUUGGAGAGCUGCACUCCAAUCCCCACCGAAGAAUACAGACAUGAAAACCUCUUAAUCAUUCCUGCGCGAGAUGGAACACUGUGUGUGUUCAGAGCAGCUGCUCGAGCUGGCGUGAAGCGAGUUGUAUUGACUUCCUCAUUUAAUGCCAUUGCUUACGGACAUCCUGACCAAAGCGCCCCGUUCACAGAAGUUCCAUGGUCAAAUGAAAAGAGCAAAUUGAGUGCGUAUCCAAAAUCGAAAGUCGUGGCGGAGCGCGCCGCCUGAGAGUUUGUCAAUAGAGACGAGGGGAAGGGGCUCGAGUUCAC